GCUUUCACGGUCGUCAUUUUCACCACAGAAAGCAGCGGAUCAUGAGCAGCAUGGACGACGAUAUCGACAAGCUCCUCGAGCAAGGCCUCCAGACCGCCAAGCCUGCCGAUGCGUCGCGGUCCUCGCGCUCCAGCCGCGAGCGCCACUCGUCGCGCCGGGACCGUCGCUCGCGCUCGCGCUCGCGUGAACGUCGGUCGUCGCGCCGGGACCGUGAUCGGUCGCGCGACCGCCACAGCAGCCGUCGCUCUCGCCGGUCGCCGUCGCGUUCGCGGUCGCGGGACAGCCGUCGCCGGUCGCGCCGGUCGAGCUCGCGCUCCAAAUCCAAGUCCAAGGAGGAGGCGCCGGUGGAGCCACCGCGGGCCCGGAGUACGUCGGCCGAGCGCCUCGAGCGCGCCAAGCAGCGCGAGCUCAUGGAGCUGACGCGAGACCACCGUACGAUCUUUGUGGGCCAGCUCACGCAGAAGGUCCGGGAGCGCGACCUGGAAAAGUUCUUUAGCUCGCUCGGGAAGCUCGAGCACGUCUUGCUCAUCCGCGACAAGUUUACGAACAAGUCCAAGGGGUUUGCAUAUGUCGAGUUCUCCAACCUAGAAGACAUCCCGAAGGUGCUCACGAUGAACGGCCAAGUCCCAUCGUUCCAGUCGUUCCCGAUCAUGAUCAAGGCGAGCGAGGCCGAGAAGAACUUUGCUGCAAAGAAGGACGCUGUCUUCUCGUCGGGCCCCACGACCAAGGCGAGUGCGAGUGGCUACUCGGGCGGCGCAUCGGCCUACACGGGCGGCGGCACGGGUCUGUCGCUUGCGGCAGCAUCUCGCGUCUACUGCGGUAACCUCCACAACAACAUCACGGAAGAAGACUUGAAAGCGGUCUUUAGCGCUUUUGGCGACGUGGUGAAUGUCAUUAUCAACCGCGAUGACAUGGGGCGCUCCAAGGGCUUUAGCUUUAUCCAGUUUUCUUCGCCCGAGGAAGCCAACCUCGCGCUCACCAAGGCCAACGGCCUCGAACUCGCGGGCAACUUUAUCAAGGUCGGGCCCGUCAAAGAAGGCGAAGGCGUCGGCGGUGGUAGCAGCGGCGGCCACCACCACUCGUACCAGAGCCACCGCGACGCGCCGCCGUCGGCCUUUAACAACAAGAACUAUGGUGGCAACAACUGGAAGCUCGAGGACGAAGAAGGCACGGGCGGCAUGGCGCUCAACUCGGUCUCGCGCUCGCAGCUCAUGGCCAAGCUCGCCGGUGGUGCCGGUCUCAUGCCGCCGCCCGCGUCGGCGAGUGCGAUGCCGUCGUACCAGCUGCCGGUUGCGCCGUCCGUUGUCAACGCCCAGAACCAGCGCGCGGCGGCGUCGGCGGCGGCCGACAUUGAAGGCGUCGACUCGAUGUGCUUUGUCGUGCGCAACAUGUUCGAGCUCCAGAAGGAGAAGCGGUCGGGCAACCCCGAGUGGCACACGGAGAUCCAGCAAGACGUCGAGGACGAGUGCGCCCGCUACGGCAAGGUGCUGCACAGCUACGUCGAGAAGACGAAAGAAGGCGGCCUCGUGUACAUUUGCUUUGCGACCGUCUCGGCGUCGCGCGAGGCGGCGCACUGCCUCCACGGCCGCUGGUUCAACUGCCGGCAGAUUAGUGUUAGAUUCAUGCCGCCGCAAGAGUACGCGGGCAUGUUCCCGGAAGCGCGCGCGAUGAUUGCGGCCCACAAGCAGUAGCUGCUGCCUUUGCACGAGACCACGAAUAAUACGAAACAUAAAAAAGAGACGAUGAUGCUUAGACCUCGAC